GUGGGCGGGGCUGGCGGUCGGGGCAGGUCCCAGGUAACAGGUGGAGCAGCUCCAGAACCUGCUGGUCCUGCGAGCGGCGAGGACCUGUCUCACCCAAACUCCCCGCGGCUUGUAGCGACUUUUACUGCGAUGGAUCUUGUUCACCGCGUCCUGGCCGCCCUGGUUGUGGCUCUCACUGCCUCGGCACAGUGCUGGUCCAGAGCAUGACGACAAACAGCUCCACAACGAGCCCUCCACUGACGAAUUUGAACACGACUGCAACCACCGUGUCACCCGCCACAGACACCGCGGCCAUGGUUUCCACCAACGCUGCCUCCGAGAAUGCGACUGCGACUGUUCCUCCGACAAUGGCAGCGGCGGGGAAUGCGACUGUCACCGCAGGGAAUGCGACCACCCCCUCUCCAAUGCCAACCCCGAUACAGAAUGCGACCGCUUCGUCAGACAAUGCGACCACAAUGUCUGUGACUGUGUCGAAUGCGGCUGCUCCAUCAGGCAAUGCGACAACCUUCACUGCAGCACCAUCCCCAGCAGAAAAUGCAACUGCUGCCUCAGACAAUGCGACCACGAUGUCUGUGGCACCGACCACAGCGCAGAAUGCGACCGUUCCAUCAGACAAUGCGACGACCUCCACUGCAGCACCGUCCACUGCAGAGAAUGCGACCGCUUCUUCGGAGAAUGCGACCACGGUGCCUCCAACACCAUCCACAGCGGGGAAUGCGACUAGAUCCUCAGACAAUGCGACCACCUCCACUGCAGCACCACCCCCAGCAGGGAAUGCGACCGGUUCUUCGGAGAAUGCGACGACCACCUCUGUAACGCCGACCCCAGCAGGGAAUGCGACCUCUUCCUCGGAGAAUGCGACCACAGUGUCUGCAACACCAUCCACAGCAUGGAAUGCGACCUCUUCCUCGGAGAAUGCGACAACUCCCUCUGUCUCGCCAUCCCCCGCAGGUAAUGCGACAACUGCUUUUGCAACACCGUCCACAGCAGAGAAUGCGACUGUUGCAUCAGACAAUGCGACCACCCCCACUGCAACACCAUCCCCAGCAGAGAAUGCGACCGCUUCCUCAGAUAAUGCGACAACUCCCUUUACAACACCACCCACAGCAGAGAAUGCAACUGCAACCUCAGAGAAUGCGACCACAAUGUCUCCAAUACCAUCCCCAGCAGAAAAUGCAACUGUUCCAUCAGACAAUGCGACAACUCCCAUUACAACGCCAUCCACAGCAGAGAAUGCGACCACCCUCACUGCAACACCGACCCCAGCAGAGAAUGCAACCUCUUCCUCAGAUAAUGCGACCACAAUGUCUGUGACACCGACCCCAGCAGAGAAUGCGACUGCAUCAUCAGACAAUGCGACCACAAUGUCUGUGACCCCGACCACAGCGGGGAAUGCGACUGUUGCAUCAGACAAUGCGACCACCCCCACUGCAACACCGACCCCAGCAGAAAAUGCAACCUCUUCCUCAGAUAAUGCGACCACAAUGUCUGUGACACCGUCCCCAGCAGAGAAUGCGACUGCUUCCUCAGGGAAUGCGACGACCCCCACUGCAACACCGACCACAGCAGAGAAUGCGACCGCAUCCUCGGACAAUGCGACCACAAUGUCUGUGACCCCGACCACAGCGGGGAAUGCGACUGUUCCAUCAGAGAAUGCGACGACCCCCACUGCCGCACCGUCCCCAGCAGAGAAUGCGACCGAUUCCUCGGAUAAUGCGACAACUCCCUCUGUCUCACCAUCCCCCGCAGGGAAUGCGACAACUCCUUUUGCAACGCCGUCCACAGCAGGGAAUGCGACUGUUCCAUCAGACAAUGCAACGAGCCCCCUUGCAACACCAACCCCAGCAGAGAAUGUGACGACCGCUACUGCAGCUUCGACGCCAGCCGCCAAUGCAACUGGCAAUGCAACAACUGCACCGUCCCCCGCAGCGAAUGCCACUGCAGCGAGCGCAACGACCACCUCUGCAGGGAAUGCGACUGCCCCCCCGGGGACGGGCACCGAUGCAACGGGCGGUUCUUCCUCCGCCCCGGCCAACAUUUCAGCGUCUACGGUGUCGACCCACGCUACCGGAACCGCCGGCGACACGAACGCCACCACCCCGCGCCCGGCUGCCUCGACCACGGCCGGGUCGAACGUCACGGGCACGGGUGCAGCCGCCACCACCACCACCGCCGCCGCAUCUGCCGGCACGACCACCUCGCACCCAUCUACGCAAACCACCGGCAACUCGACAACCGCCACCAUGGCCACCGCCUCCACCGGUACCGCCCCGCCGCGCACCACCACCACCAUGGCCACUGCCGCCACCAGCACCGUCCCGCCGGGUACCACCACCACCACCCCGCCCCCUCCCGUGGUCCCAAUUACCACCUUCAACGUGAACUUCCGGAUCUUGAACAGGGAUUUCACCCAAGACCUGAUAUAUAUAUAUUUCUGUGUUUCUGGGAACUCGGAAAGAGACGCCAAACUGGGAAUUAGAUCCCAACACAUCUGUGGACUGUGGUACAGCAGGCAGUGA